AUGUUGGUGAAAGUUGCAGCACUCGCACUUCUUGUGUGCACCUUCUCAGGAUCUCAGGCAGAGGUCAACACUGACCAGGUAUCCAAUGCUUUCUGGAAAUACUUCACUCAGCUGACCACUGGCACCAAAGACACUGUAGAACAGAUCCAGCAAUCUGACAUCAGCAAGCAACUAAAUGUUUUAAUUGAAGAAAACCUGAAGAGUGUAAAUGUGUAUGCAGGGGAACUGCAGAAACAACUUAUUCCUUUUGCUAAGCAAAUACAUGACAAAUUAACACAGGACUCAGAAAAACUAAGAGAACAAAUUAAAACUGAGUUGGAGAGGCUUAAAGAGAAGAUCUCCCCAUAUGCAGAUGAGUUGCACACGCAUCUGAACAACAAUGUCAAAGAACUUCAGAUUAAACUGGCUCCAUAUACAGAAGAGUUCCAAACCCAACUGGACAAAAAUACCCAAGAAUUAAGCCAACAGCUAAAGUCUGUGACCAGUGACCUGGAAGCUAAGUUCAGAGAAAAUGCAGUCCAUAUACAGGCAACACUGGCCACAUACUCACAAGAGUUUCAGGGCAAGGUAGAUGAGAAUAUGGACCAACUGAGGAAGCAAGUGACGCCUAUCACAGAAAAAGUAAAAGAAAACAUUGAUCAGCAAAUACAGGAGCUGUAUAAAAGCCUGACUCCCUAUGCAAAGGAUGUGCAAGAUGAGCUCCGAAAACAGAUCGAGAACAUGGAGUUCCAAAUGAGAAAAAACGUGGACCAGCUGGAGAACAGAGCUCUGGAGCUCACGGUACAACUCAAAGAACAACUCUACCCUUAUGCUAAUGAAUUAAGAAGCAAGGUCAAUGGAGAUAUGGCAAAUGUCAAACAGAUGCUGGAACCCUAUCUGACCCAGGUAAACCAGCAGAUUGACCAGAAAAUUACAGAGUUUAAAGGUACAAUUACACCAGAAGUGGAAACUCUCAACAAGGCUCUGGUGCAGAGAGUUGAGGACAUGAAGAAGAUGUUUGAAGAGUACACUGUGACUAUCCAAGAUCAGCUGGAGUACCGAGAGAAAGAUAUUCGGGACAAAAUCCACGAAUUCAUCAAUAAGGGUGUUUCUAAUGAAAACUAA